AUGCCCAGGGAGCACCGAGUUUCACUCACUCAAGAUCCAGUCGAUCCCGAGAGACAGGGUCGAGGACAGCGAGCAGAGGCAGUCACUGUAUUGCAGAACAGAGUUCCUGGUCUGUAUGUUAGCAUUUCUGAUAAGUAUAGUAGCGUUUUUGGUAAGUCUGUCAGAGUUUCUGGUCCAAACAACAACGUUUCUGGUCCAAACAUCAGCGUUUUUGGUCCAAACAUUAGCGUUUCUAGUACAAACAGCAGCGUUUCUGGUCCAAACAACAACAUUUCUGGUCCAAACAACAGCGUUUCUGGUUAUUAUAGCAGCAUUUCUGGUUUAUCUACCAGCGUUUCUGGUUCACUUAUCAUAGGUUCUUUUCUGGUUGUGAGUUUCAUUCUAAUCAGAGGAUUGGAAACAUGUGUUGCUUAG